AUGAGUUGUCAAAACGUAUGGAAUCAGAUCUCUAUAUCUCCUGUUAUAACUGAGGAGUUUAUAAUUUUCUUCCAACAAGAAGUAAAUUGGGAUUUAAUUUGUCGUUACCAAAAACUCAGUCUAGAUUUUAUGAGAACUUAUUUAAAUCGAGUUAAUUGGAGUGUUGUUUCUAAAUAUCAAGUUUUGAGUGAAAAAUUUAUUGAUGAGUUUAAGGAAAACUUAGAUUGGGAAUAUAUUUGUAAAUACCAGAAAUUGUCACGAGAUUUCAUGAAGAAUCAUAAAGGUUAUUUACAUGAAGACAAUGUUGAAUUAUAUCAGUAUAUUAAUGACGAUUUUUUAGCAGAAAUUAGAAAUUAG